GAGGCGAGCGUCGGGAAGGUUAGGUGCAGCAAUGAGGUGGCUGAAGAGUGCCGGCUGUUGGCCGUCAGCGCUGCUCCUUGCAGGCAGAGUCGGGCUCCGCGCCGGGCCGCGCACAGCCUCGGGCAGCCCGCGAGACUCCGGCGAGCUGCAAGGCGAGCUGGACAGAUUUGGGGGCGUCUCGGUGCAUCUGGCGCGGCACCGCGCGCUGCACGGGCUGGACGCUGCAGCCUUCCGGAGGCUCUUGCAGGCUGCCCUACAACAGUGGCGGUCAGAAGGAAGGGUGGCUGCAUGGCUGCACAUCCCCAUCCUGCAAAGCCACUUCAUCGCCUCUGCGGCCUCCCUGGGCUUCCGCUUCCACCACGCAGACUCCCACUCCUCAACGCUGACGCUGUGGCUGGGAGAAGGACCCAGCAGACUGCCGGGAUAUGCUACGCACCAAGUCGGGGUUGCAGGUGCUGUAUUUGAUGAUAGCACCAGGAAAGUUCUGGUUGUACAAGAUCGAAAUAAAUUGAAAAAUAUGUGGAAGUUUCCAGGAGGCCUGUCAGAGCCUGGAGAAGAUAUUGCCAGGGAUGUUCAGCAGGGCCAGAGGGAGCUCGAAGAAACGCACAUGCUGAAAAUUUCCCAUCAUUUUUAUUCCAUCUCAAGACAUCCUGUCAGUACAUACUACAGAACAGAAGAAGCUUGGAACCUCGGCGACACAGCAGUCCGAGAGGUUUUUGAAGAGACUGGUGUGAAGUCAGAAUUCAGGUCCCUGCUAAGCAUCCGGCAGCAACAUGGGAGUCCGGGAGCCUUCGGGAAGUCGGACAUGUACCUGAUCUGCCGCCUGCAGCCAUGUUCCUUCACUAUCAACUUCUGCCAGCAGGAAUGCUUGAAGUGUGAAUGGAUGGAUCUAGAAAAACUAGCCAGGACUGAAAAUACCACCCCCAUCACCCGGAGGGUGGCUAGGUUAUUGCUGUAUGGACACAGGGAAGGGUUUGACAAAAUUGACCUCAGCAUGGAGGAAUUCCCUGCAGUGUACACAGGCCUGUUCUACAAACUCUAUCACAGGGAACUGCCAGAGAGUUACAGAGACACAGCGGGAACAGAUUGAACACAAACACUGGAGUGAACCAAAGAUGGACAUGGUCUGCGCCUGACACCUGGCGCCAGUUUUCUCACAUAUAUGAUUUUCAUGAUGGAAAUCAGUAAAUGUACAUACUUUUAAAUCCUCUUCUCAAAUAAAGAAAAUAAAUGAAAAAGA